CACCUCGCGCGGUCACAGCACAACUCGUUUGGCUAUCGAGCUGCGCGUUUCCGUUCCGCGUCGAGCGUCGCGUAUAUAUACGUGCAUAUACGUAUAUACAUACAUACAUAUACGGCAAGUCGGAGUUUCGCGUGCGCCGGACGUUGAUCAUCGGUUGCGUCGUCCGCGUCAACCGCCCCGAUAUUUCUUCCCUUCGUUAACGUUUGACGGUGUACUCGCGCGUGCCGAUCUCUCUACUCUCGAUCGCGCCGCGCGCGCGAGCGUCUUCCGCGGUGAAGUAAGUGACGGUUCCGGGGAUAAAAGGAAAAACCCAACGGAGAGGCCCAGCGGCGAUUCAGCUAUGCGAUUCUCGUGGAUGCUCGCGGCCACGGUGCUGCUGGUUCUGGCCACGGGGGUGAGAUGCAAGAGGAAAUUUGACGGGGAUUUCGAAUUCGCCGAGGAGGAUGAUCCCCGUAUAAUGAAAGUUGGAGACAAGAAACGUUGGAUACACGACCCGAAUAGUGAGCUUUGUCGUCCACUCAACUGCAAGAAGAAGGAACUUUGCCUCUUGGAGGACACGUUCACGGCCGUCUGCGUCUCGAAGAAGGAACUUCAUAAAUCAGGGGACAUAGUGAUUCCGAAGUCUCGCGCGGUUCAACAGCGACGGAUGAGGGCCGAAACCUCAGUCGAUUCCGACGACGAUGACGCCUUCUUUGAUUCCGAGGACGACGAAGACGAUCAGGACGAGUCAAAGUGCCAGGAAUGUCCCGUGGUGAAACCUACGUUCCUCUGUGGAGGCGACAAUCGCACGUACAGCUCGCCGUGCCGUCUCGAGUACCACAACUGCAUUCACCACACCUCCGUCCACAUCGCCUGCAAAGGUUUUUGUCCGUGCAAAGUCGCCGAUCUGCGAACGUACUCGAAGAAGACGCAGAUGCAAAGGAAGAAGAUGCUCAUGGGAAAGAUGGGCCGUACCCACGACAUUACCCUCACGCCGCGCGACUUCAAUUACGAUAAUCAUCACUACCAGUAUCUCAAAUACUCCAAACGUGGCAAGGGACUCGCUAACGCGAACAGAUACGACGACAAGCAUCUGAUGAGCAACGAAGUCACGGACAAGACCCAGCCACCCUUGAAAGCGAUGUACAACGUGCAGCCACCAUCCAGAAAUACGGAUUGCCCGUUGUCAUCCAAGCCCGCGAUGGCCAAUCGCCUUCUAGAUUGGUUCUCCGUCGUGAUGGCGGAUUCCAAGCAUCGCCGUCAGCAUCCCAAGCCUAAAGGUCACUUCCCAAUCGGUUGUCAGAGCGAGGUCAGGUGGAUGUUCGGGCAUUUGGACAGUGACAGCGACGGCCGACUCUCACUCUCCGAGCUGUACGGUCUGGAACACGACCAGAAUGAACCGUGCUUGAAACCCUUCCUGGAUAGUUGCGAUACCGACAGCGAUAUUUUCGUGAGCGGACCUGAAUGGUGCGGAUGCUUCUCUAAAGCCGAACGUCCGUGCGCCGCUGUACGCAGACGAUCAUCCCCGGAUUCAGCACCUGCCUGUGAUUCGCGAGGAUAUUACCGCAGCACCCAAUGCCACCGUGGUCUUGGUCUCUGCUGGUGCGUCGAUCCACAUGGUGUCGAGUUUGCUGGUACCAGAACGCGCGGCGCAAAGCCUGACUGCGACACAAUUGUGAACAAGAUCAGCAGCGGUGGGCUCAAAACCAACAGUGUGGACCUUGACGACGACGAAGACGGCGGUACCGACUCCGCUCAGGAUCUCGAAGGCUCAGCCGAUCAACCUUUAGAUUUCUAGACAUGUUAGGGGCGGCGGCCAGCAACGGAAGCGCAGCAUCUUUAAUCGAGCAUCUUUAAGAGAAUGAAGGUGCGAGGGAAGGUGCGCGCGCGUCCGCCGGCUUCGGGAAUACCGCCGAGUUGUGAUCAGAGGUGUUCUAUGUCAUUGUCGGGCCGCCUGUCGAUCCUGUCGAAGUCGCGAUCCACGCGCGACGAAACGAAACGUGAGCCUAAAUGAGUUCCGAGAGCAACGAAAAAGCACGACGAUCAUUAGUUAUGGGAGGGUCGGAUCUCCGUAGCGAAUCGCUCUGCGUGGAACCGGCAGAGAUCGUUGUCAAAUCAUCGUAAAGACCUUAGUCGCGUCUUUCGUCCCAGUUAGGAAGUUCCGAUCGACAUUAAAGUAGCGAGUGUCUUGCCAUGUCGUGCAAUAAAUCGCGUAUGUCCAGCGGCAAGCGGCGUCUACAGACGAAUCUACGCAAUCGUAGAUCCCGUGCAAUCGUAAUUCCGUGCAAUAUCCAAUAGAGUCCGUGUAGAGAGUACGCAGAUAUGGCCGAAAGUGUAUGUACGUGUGUGAGAAUUGCUGGUGAUGGAGUGAGAAAGGGAGAAAAUUCCGCUGCGAUCCGCGCUGAACACCGUUGGAUUACCUCCGUGCCUGUCGAGGUAUCUCCACACGCACAAUUAAAAGUAUAAAUAAUGUAAUUACGUAUCAUUUAUGUUAUAUACACAAAACAGCAAAAGUAAGAUAUUCAUGAAAUGAAAAAUAACCAGAAUAGAACGAGGUAAUUUCGUCGUGACACAAAUUGCGUUUAACAGAAAGCUACAAAUGAAAAACCCCAUAAGCGUACAAUUUCUAAUCGCUAGAUUAACGAUUGAAGCAUAAUACAUAAUUACGAAUUACGUGGUAACAAUGCAGCAACCGAAUGAAAUUAAAUUGGUCAAAAAGAAAAGACAUGAGAGUGGGAAGAAAAAGCGAGCGGAUGUGAAGUCAUUCUGCUACUGUCACACUUGCACACGCUGGAACUUACAAAGAAAGAUCGCCCAGCCGAAAAAUGCAAAUUGUAAUCGGUAGCUUAUAAAAGAAAGGCCUCCUGAGUAUUCAUGUCAAAUAUUAGGUGAUCAUUCAAUAAUUAACAAUAUAUGAUUUUUAUUCUUUAUAUAUCAGACAUUGAUGUAUAAAGAAUAUAGUAAAUAUAUUCUUUAUACAUCAAUGUCUGAUAUAUAAGUAAUAUAGUAAAAAAAAACAGCUUUCUUUAAAUCGCUAGGAAAAAACUGUUAUUGAAUGGCUGGCCUUCUAUGCCUAAUACGUGUCCUGUGGAGGUUUUUCUCCUACAAGCUAUUAAAGUCCGAUUAUGAUCUGCAUUUUCCAGCGGUCUUUCCUUGUUAGUUAAAUCACUCGAAGCAAAUAGGCAAAUUUUCGUAGCUCUUGCCACUUCACUUUCGGCUGUGUUUCGCCGAACGCGGUAUAGAGAAACUCGCCAUUAUUCCGCUUAUUUAUUACAUUCUCUCUGGCAAACUCAGAAUAUUCUUUAAGUUAUUCUUCUUUCCCUCACAACCACUUUACUUUAUAAAAUUAGUAUAAGACAUGCGGAAUAAAAAGCGACCUAUUUCAUAAUUCGUUAAUGAUCCAUUUCAUACGCAGUUCAAUCACGAUCAUAGGACGUCGAGCUGGUUGUUAAGAAAUGCGUGAUGCUUAUAAAGAUAACGUAAAGUAUUAUUAUCACUCUAUUAUACAUUGCGCGACUCGAUUCGCGCAAAGUUACACAUUACGAUUCUUUACGUCCGAUCGCAAUCGGACCGAGACAUCUAUCGUGCAAUGCUGAGAGUUGUUUUCUACAAAGCUAGAAAAUGUUCGACGUCGUGAUUCGUCUGCAUUUACUGUAAUUAUAAGCAUUUUUACUUACAACUUUUACUUAAAAGAGUGUGUGGUACACCGUAGAUAUUAGAGUAAUAUGUAAUCCGUAGAAAAAAAGAAAAAAAAAGAUCAGUGUGACUAUGUGAAUAUGCCCCUAGCGUUAGAAGGCAAUUUACGUAGAGAUAGCCGAUGCAAAAACUACACGUCUUAUUUAGACUGAAAGUGACAAUUCAUUUUGCAAGCCUAACGCGUUUCACACUUCGAUAUGCAUUCCUUCUAUGAAGUAUUCAGGGAAAAUGAUACUCGUCGCGUAUCGAUCAAAGACAACAUUGUAUGUACUGAGAUUUUUGAAUACGUCAAACGCAGAAUGUCAUUUUAUUAUGUAUUUUUUAUCAACGUUUAUUUCGACGAUUUUUUUUUAUGUUAAUUAUCAUUUUAUCAAUAUUAUUAAGUUUUAUAACAAAUCAUGUACUAUUUUUUUUUUCGAAGAAUAAAAAUAAUUUAAUAUUUUGACAGUUCAUCCAUAAUGUCUUGCCUUAAUGGACAUGGCGUGUUAAACUUGCGCAUUAAAGUAUGUAGAUGACACUUAAAAAUAUAUCUACAUAUUUAAUUGAUAAACGACAUCGUCCGCAAUGAGCUAACGCAUAUUCCUUCCUGCAUCGAGCGCAAUUUGCAUUCCGCCUGACUUAUUGUACUGUCGACCUAGACUAAUUAAUAUAACUACAAGCGAACGUAAAAUAGUUUUAUCGAGUCUUGCAUAUUGUAUAUAAUGAUUAUAUACAAUGAAAAAAUCAUCGUCAGUGAUCUUCGUACCAUGAUGAUUUUUGUAAGGUAUGCACUUGAUCAAAGCGUAAAGAAUUUUUACUUCAUUCAAGAGCUACCGUAAAUAUCUCACUUAAUCGGUAUUGUACAUGUGGCUGUAAGAAUUCUUUAUGAAUAAAGAUUGUUGUAGAAA